AUGAAGGUGAAGAAGGGCGGCGGCGGCGCCGGGGCCGCGGCGGGGUCGGACCCCGGGCCGGGGGCCACGGGCCCCAAGGACGACGACGAGCCGGAAUCGGAGCUGGAGCCCCUGGCGCAGCGGAGGAAGGCGCUGAUCGGGCCCGAGGAUGUGUUGGGGCUACAGCGCAUCACGUGCGAUUACCUCUGCUCUCCGGAGGAGAAUGUGUACAAGAUUGAUUUCACCAGGUUCAAGAUUCGGGACAUGGAGUCGGGCACUGUCCUUUUUGAGAUCAGCAAGCCCCCUGCUUCAGAGAGGGACCACAGCGACAAGCGGGAUGUGGACCCCAAUGCCGGCCGUUUUGUCCGCUACCAGUUCACCCCAGCCUUCCUCCGCCUGCGGCAGGUCGGAGCCACUGUGGAGUUCACGGUGGGAGACAAGCCCAUCAACAGUUUCCGGAUGAUCGAGAGGCACUACUUUCGGAACCGCCUUCUCAAGAGCUUCGACUUUGAGUUUGGUUUCUGCAUCCCCAGAAGCAAGAACACCUGCGAGCACAUCUAUGAAUUCCCCCCACUGUCGGAGGAGCUAAUCAGCGAGAUGAUCCGCCACCCCUACGAGACGCAGUCGGACAGUUUUUACUUUGUAGACAACAAGCUGGUGAUGCACAACAAGGCAGAUUAUUCGUACAGCGGGGGGCCGUGA